AACCCGGCGUUUAGAGACAGGCACCGUCCAGGUUUGGCCGCCAUGUCCCUGCAGGAUGAUUUUGACAAGGCGGCCAAAGACGUGAGGAAGCUGAAAACCAGGCCAGAUGAUGAGGAACUAAAAGAGAUCUAUGGACUCUACAAACAGUCUGUAACUGGAGACAUAGAUAUUGAGUGUCCAGCACUGUUAGAUCUAAAAGGAAAGGCUAAGUGGGAAGCCUGGAACCUUCAAAAAGGAUUAUCAAAGGAAGAUGCCAUGAGUGCCUAUAUUUCUAAAGCAAGAGAGCUAAUAGAAAAAUACGGAAUCUAGAAUUCAGCCCGUGAGAGAAUUUUCCUUUUGGAGCCUUCAUAAUGGUAUCGUGACCUAAUACUUAGGGGAGAAAUGCACUAUAACUCUUGAUGGAUCAUCAAUAUUUUUGCUAGUAACAUGACUUGUCAUUCUGAAUUAGAGGUAUGCUGAAACUACAUGUUUAAUAAAAUUUUACUUG